GGGAGGUAUCAGACGACGCCUCUGUGCAGAUCUGCUGCGAUGCGUCAGUCGCAUCACGACCGCCAUGGCCCGCAGCUCGCUGAAACCCUGGGCGCCUCUAGUCGUCGCUCUGCUUUUCGUCACAGACCCAGUGUUCGCUACCGGCGUCUCUGAGGACUCCGACUUGGAACGCAGUCACACGUCGACCGUGAGAACGACCGUCGGAGGGACGGCAUUCCUGAUGUGCCACUUGCCCAACAUCGGAAAAAUGGUAUCCUGGGCACGGCAGCGGGCGGACGAAGUAUUCAUGACACAUUAUAGGCGCAUGUCCUUGAGAUUCAACCGCGUCGAAGCUUCCUGUUCGCAACAAGAUGACGUCUGUUUGUUGACGAUCAGCAAUGUUCAGAAGACCGAUUCGGGACUGUAUAUCUGUAGGGUUGACAGCACGCCGCCCAUCCGACGCUUCGUGUACCUCUCUGUUUCCGAGCCGGAGACGACAAUUUUGGGUGAGCCUUUUAGAACGCACUGGCAAGGCAGCGGUAUCAACCUGACGUGCGUAGUCCAGCCCCGGCGACAGCCAGAAGAUACCGUCCUGUGGAUGCACGACGAUUUGGUCAUCCACGCAGACCACGACUCCCGCAUCACCAUAAUUACAGAGACGGAUACCUCCACAAUAAGCCAACUGCUGCUCGAGGAUGCCCAGCCAACGGACUCCGGGACCUACACCUGCAAACUCCCCGAUGGCAGCAGUGACAGCGUCGAAAUAGAAGUGAUGCAAGAGCCGAAGACGACAAUUUUGGGUGAGCCUUUUAGAACGCACUGGCAAGGCAGCGGUAUCAACCUGACGUGCGUAGUCCAGCCCCGGCGACAGCCAGAAGAUACCGUCCUGUGGAUGCACGACGAUUUGGUCAUCCACGCAGACCACGACUCCCGCCUCACCAUCAUUACAGAGACGGAUACCUCCACAAUAAGCCAACUGCUGCUCGAGGAUGCCCAGCCAAAUGACUCCGGGACCUACACCUGCAAACUCCCCAAUGGCAGCAGUGACAGCGUCGAAAUAGAAGUGAUGCAAGUGGUCAAAGACGAUUUCCAUGCUGCCAUGUCCGGGGGACACCGACCUCUGUCUGCGGUGCCACCAGCGGCUCUCGUGCUCCCCGUCAUCGCCGCCGCUGUCGGCAGCGUCUGCCGUUGACGGAGACGCCGCGGGAGACCCAGACUCUGGCUGUGCAGCCUGUGGCGGUGCUACCAACUAUGCGUUCCUCAUCUCUCAGAAGACCAAGAAAUCUGAUAGUCAUUAGCGGUGUGUCGGCUGAAUGUCGAAGGGUUGACUUCUGCUGCAGGAAAGUCGAAUAAGAUGACUUUGACUCGACCUUACCACAGUAAAUUACGCUGUCUCCUACAAAAGUGAUGAAGUUACCAGUUAUUGAUGAUUACAGAGUGAAGAACUGGAUACGACAAUGUGGAUGAAUGCCCAAAGAAACAAACUGGAUUAAGCACACUCUUUAGGCUAAAGAAUAUCUACUUUCUUUGGUUUUUACUUUAUUUGGACAACUGAAAGUUGAUAUGUUUUCGGUGGAUAGUUCAUCUGUAUGUUGAUACAAAAUUACGUAUUAUAAUACGACAAGAAUAAAAAGUAAAACGGAAAACUUUUUAGUAGUUAGUA